AUGGAUUUCCUAGAGAAAGAUCCGUUCAAUGAAUUUGGCAAUGAUGGUGGAUCRGCAGCAAAAACCCUUGUGCCCAAGUUCAGUGUGUUCUCAAAGCAUGUCACAGCACACACYGGGUUCCAAGUGCCAKAAUUUGAGAUCAAAAUUUUMGUUGCUGGAGCUAUAGCCCUGAAGGGUAUCRGAAGCCUCCUUUUCAUCUUUGGCAGCACAAUUGGUGCUUUUCUUCUGAUUCUGCACCAGCUGAUUGCUACUCCCAUCUUGUAUGAUUUCUACAACUAUGACGUAGAUAAGAAAGAAUUCUCUCAACUUUUUAUCAAAUUUACACAGAAUCUGGCAUUGUUGGGGGGACUCAUGUUUUUCAUUGGCAUGAAGACCUCAAUGCCAAGAAGACCAUUAAACAAGAAGAAGGCAUCCAAAUCAAAAACAGUCUGA